AAUAUGGAAUUAAGAUGUCGAAGGCUUUCAGAGCGAAUCGAGAUCAAAAUCUACUCAGUAGAUCUACUGCACUGCAAGGCAGAAGAUGUCUUGUCUCCGGUAGAUCAUCCUGAUGUUAAAUGUUUUGAAGGUGUUUGGUCCCUCCUGGUGUGCAGGUACCUACUGAACCCCUACUCCAUAGUCACCUGUGCUGGCUUCUCCACCAUCACCCUCACUAACCUCUCAGUCACUGCAGCUCUAUCCACCAAACUGAGAGGUCACGAGGUGGUGUCCUCCCUGUGCCUGUGUGUGGCUGCCUACCUCUCACUCUAUCCUGCAGUCCUCAUCUUCCCAUUCAUGAUCAUGUCCUACAGGGAUGGGUGUGUGUUUGGAGCUGGUAAACAGUUGUGUUUGGUGGUGUGCUGGAGUGCAGUGUUGCUAGGGGGGUCAGCCUUGCUCUCUGUCCCGGACCAGACUCCCAACCUCGGCCUGUUCUGGUACUUCUUUACUGAGACGUUUGAGCACUUCAGAAUAUUCUUCCUCUGUGUGUUCCAGAUGAAUGCCUUCAUCUACGUCAUCCCUCUCACCAUACGCUUCAGUGACCACCCAGUGUUUCUGACGUACAUUCUCCUCUCUGUGACGACCUUGUUCAAGUCCUACCCGUGUCUGGGUGACCUCACCAUCCCACUAGCACUCCUGCCACUCUGGACACACACAUUCAGAUACCUGCGCUACACUCUGGUGGUGGUGGUCAUGUUCCUGGCCUCCUCUCUCCUCUGUCCUGUCCUCUGGCACCUCUGGAUCCAUGCAGGCAGUGCUAACGCUAACUUCUUCUUUGCCAUGACUCUCACCUACUCACUAGCUCAGAUCUUCCUGGUGGCUGAUGUGAUCUACUCGUUCCUGGUCCACCAGUACGACCUCAAACACGGUCUACCAAGACUGGACCAACUGGGCAAACCAGUCAAACUGAAACUAUAUUGAGAGUUAGCUAGAAAUUCAUGAAUAUCCACAAUCUGUGA